AUGGGCAAAAUUUGGUAUUGUAGUAUUAUCAAGUACCUGCAGGGAAAACGUUUAGCCCACAAGGAUGUUCAUGCUGACACGGUUGCUACAAUAGAGGAUGACGCUCCAAGCUAUUCUGUUGUCAUAUCUAUUGUUGAUGACUUUCUAUCAACAGUGCAAAAGUUGGCAGCCGAAUUUAGAAGGGGGAUUCUUGAAGAUGACCCAAGGUUCAGAAGUCCUGCAACUGCCACGACAGAGGAGAACAUUGAUCAUGUUCACAACAUGGUGAUAGAUAACAGGUUAUUGACUUUAAAUCAAAUAGCCAAUGCUAUUGGCAUAUCUCGAUAG